AUGUUCGCGGCCACACACGACUGGAGCGCGGACCACUGCCGGCUGCCGAAAGUGUCGUCGAACAACGAUUCCUCAACGGCGUCAGCGCUGGCGGCGAACACCCGCGAGUUCGUGGUGGGCCGGUGGACCAUCACGGUCGCCGAAUGCGGGGACGACAUGCUGCGGCUGGCCAUCGCCAGCGUCGCCGACCCGGCCACCCCGUACAAUUGGCCACACUGCCCGAUCAGGUCGACUAUCACCGUCUUGGCCGCGAACUCUAGCUGGCGUUCGCCCAGCGCGGCCAAUAAGCGCAAGCGGCCGGGCAGGGAGAAGAACGAAAACGAAGAAGAACGAACAGCAAACGCGAAGCGAUGUCGCGUGAAGAACGAAGACGAAGACAAAAACGAAGAGGAGGCGCGAGCGCCUAGGCCACGACGACCUGUCAGCCACACAAGGCCAUCAUCGCCACCAUCGUCGUCGGUGGUGGAAGAAGCCACCGGCUUCUCGUGUCUUCCGGACGAGGUCAAGCUGCACGUGUUCACCAUGCUGCAGCCUAUGGCCCUUCUCCGUAACGUACCGCUGGUCUCCCGCGAGUGGUGCGCCCUGGCCCACGACGAUGCCCUCUGGCGCGCCCUCUACCUCCGCCACAUCGGCGGCUCAUCGCCUUCACGUUCUACCACGCCGUCGGCGCCUUCGCCACAUGAACCGUCGCCUCACAUUCCAAUACGUCGGCAACAUUCCACACCGGCAGCGGCACCGACAUCUGCGUCGACAACGUGGCGCGGCUCGACGAGCUUGGUGCUGCGACAUCUCAAGGCGGCCUUCGCCGACCUGCGCCAAUCGCUGCGCGACCUGGCCGAGCGCCAGCGCCGCGAGUCCGAGGCGCGCAUGUCGAGCUGGCUCGCGCACACGGUAGAGUGGAUGGUCGACGGCGACCACGCCCCGCUACUGGCCGCCUUCCUGCGCGACGUGGCCCGCUUCACACCCGGGAGCGUGAUCCGCGCGACGCUGGCGGCCGACCGCCGAUUGCUGCUCAGCGCGGCCAAGUCCGGGCACACGGGCGCCGUGACGACGCUGGUGGCCUUCGGCGCCGACCUGGGCCAGGCCAUGGUCUUGGCCACCAUGAACCGCGACGCCGCCGGCAUAGCCGGCCUGUUCCGCGCCUACGUUCACAUCAAGACCGUGCUGUGCGCCGAGUACCGUCGACAACAAGCAGCAAAGCCCAGCGCGACUGGCACCUUAUCUCUUAGCGGCGGAGAGCAACGGGCUAAUCACGGGCGGCGGCUGUUCGGGCUGGUGGCGGGCGUGCGGGACGCGAUGCGGACCUGCAUGAAUGUGGCCUCGGUGGCGCGCGACCGCGACCUGCUCGAGAUGCUGGCCAACCUGUGCGCGAGCGAUGCCGACCUGCGCGAGGCGCACGAGUUCGCCCACUUCGUCAAGGUCGAGGGUCCGUUCUCUGCCCGAGGGCAAAGGCGCAGCCAGGGUAACGACGACGACGAGGAGGAGGAUGAAAGUGAGCAGGAAUACGAUGAUGAAGAAGGAGAGGAUAGCGACGGUGAAGGAGCAGCAGUGGAAAUGUAG